CUGCAUACUUUCAGUCGGCCGCUGAACUCGGCGUGCGCCGUUACGGAGUCGGUUCUCAGUUUUGGUUCAUGUGUACGCUUAAUUUUCGUUGUAUUUUCUUCCUUUAUCUCUUCCGGUUUAUCAUCGUUCCAAAGGAUAAAAUUACUCACCGACUUACCACCGUCACUGUCGUCGGUAUUUUUCUUCCCAGUUUACGUCCAUUCUCGUUAUCAGUUUCGUCCAAUUAUCUACCACGGAUUAUGAUAAGAUUCGCAAGCCGCUGACGAUUAUCCCGGUAAUAAUAACAUCGACGCAAUUAUUGAAACUUGUAUACGCGAGUGCAGUAAAAAUUAUUGUGAUUCGUUCGAGAUUUGCACCGAUCUUAAGGAUCUUUUUGGAUUUUUUAAACCUGCAACAGCUCGGCCAACUUCACGUCCACUUCUUCGUUGCCCCCGUUGCACAGGAAACUGGGAGGAAUCGGAGAGUCGUUAGCGAAUCCUUCGACUUGGUUAUCCUGCAUGAUUAGGAGCGACAUGGGUUCGACUGUUGUCUGAAAAAAAAAAAAAAAAAAAAAUGUAUAUAUACAUGUAGGUAUAUACAAAAAAUACAGGAAAUCAAUAAAACACAACGAAAGAGAUCCGUCCUCGAAGCACUGCCAAUGUAGCGAAUUAAUAAGAAACGCAAUGCAAGAAACAAAAACGACAUUAUGCUAGAUAGAAAAAUUAAGAAGAAAAAAGAAAACAGUGAAAAAUAGAAUCAUUGUUUUCGUAAUCGUUAUCAUGGUGGAAAAAUGUGUCGUCAAAUCGAGGGUGACGAAUUCGGUGUAACCAGAAAGUUUGAAUCACCGGUAAAUAGAUGUCAAUGAUGAAAACACGAACGUUGUUUGAUGAAAAUUGUUAGAUCAGCUGACCAAAGAGAAACAUAUAUAUAUAUGAAAAAUAAAUAAAUGAAUUAAAAAAAACAAAAUUGAAAGCUACCAACAACACAAGUAACAAAAAUACUGCGGGCAUAGAUGAUUGCUGGUAGAAAAAACGCCGUCACCAUCAACGUCAUUUUCACUCCGAUCAUAGACGCCGUUAGAAGAAGACCAUGCUGGGAGUGAGCCAGCCGAGUAACCCGCCCUCGAGUCUCAGGCACUCGGCCAGUUUCUCAUGCCUGCAGCGUGGGGGUGCCGGUGGAGAGGGUCACAGGGCGAGGACGUCGACGCUGCCGCAGCAACCGAACCCCCAGCACAGUUUGGGGGUCACAUUGGGGUCACAGGGGUACGUGGUAGGCACGAAGGGGGAUGCGGGCGAGGACCGAGUCCUGCAGCUGGAUUCAAACGACUACGGUUUCGCGCGCACGCGUCCGCGGCUGCGCAGUACGACGGGAGUCCUUUACGAGGAGGAGGGGGGGGCCGGUAGCUUCAGAGAGACGUUGCAGAGGGCGCGAGAGCGCGAGCUCGAGGCUACGCCGGCAAAGGGGCGUGACUACGGGAAGAAUUUUGGGACUAACAACCCACUCCGCGGUGCCCUUAAUCUCCUGACAACGUCGACCUCGUCCUGGUGGAAGUUCAGGCCCCGGGACGAGGCCCUACCGACCCCGGAACGGAAGUGGUCCAGCUCGACGAGCUCCACCCCCAACGACCGCGGCGACCGAAAGUGGUCAGCGAGCUCAGCCGUACCCACACCGUCCGUCGCUUCACCUGGUAACGAGCGGAAGUGGGCGGCAGGAACUGGCGUCUCAGCCUCCUCGGGCUCCGCCAGUCAGGACCGCCGAUGGCGCUCUCUUGGCGCGUUGCUCCGGACCCCCGUCCAAGGCCCCAUCCACUCGGGACUCGCGCCUGAGGCCCCGAGCUCCGCCCCACGCGCCAGGGCUGCCACACGCACCGUACAGCCUCAGGGUUCCCACUCAGCCCGCGCCUCGCGCACGGGCCGCGAGCUCUAUCGGGAGAGCUGUGAGCUCGUCGCGCCCUCUAGCGAGCGCUCGCGCGUCAGUCGACGAUUGUACCAGGAUCCUCCAGGGGCGGAGGAUGAGUCUGGGGCCCGCGCUAAUCGCGCCCAGAGCUUUUACCUUCUCGACGAUUUCCUCAGGCCUCAGCCCGCCGGGCCCACCUCGCUUUCGCACUCUUUUACCUCGUCUUCGGGCUCUUACGCACACCAGAACGGCACCCUCAGGGCGCCCGAUAUACCCAAAAAUGGAACACAGAUCACCCUUGCCGCCAGCGUUGUCUCCAACGGCACACCACCCAGAAGACACAACUCGAGCUCUGACAGCCUCGAGGUUGCCACCAGUCCCCUACCACCCCCCGUUCCACCACCACCGCCGCAGAUUCUCACUGCCAAGGAGUGGCGCGAUAACAGGAGCGACGGAGUCACCAGGGAGAAGGAACUAUGCCCUUGCAGGAUGUGCAGGAACGCAAGACACCAGAAGUCGGUUAACGAGGAGAGUCCGGGAGCCUUGCACAAGGAUGUUGGCGGCGGCGGGACGAAGGCAGGAAGCAAAACCAUCGUUGGGGUCGGGGGUGGAGGCGUUGGAUCCGCAACUCUCACCUCCUUGUCGUCCAUCAACAACUCGGCCAACCAAAGCCGAACGAAACACAACUCGGUGCCCCACGAGAAAUUGACGUCCCUUGGACUGGCAAAGGCAACGCGUCUCGACAGACAUGACAACAACAACAGUAACGGCAAUGGCAACAACGGGAACAAUUCAACGAUAAACAACAAUCACAACAUGUUUCACGAUCCGCUUCAUGCUGGAACGCAUUUCGAUGCUUACGGAAGGAGACUGCCCAUGACGCCACAGGAAGCCGUGAAGUAUUACGGAACCAGGAUGACCGAGUUUGAACGAGCUGAAAUCGAGAAGUACUCAGAAAUCUGGUACUUGGGACUUGAGGCGUGCAAAAUACACGGCGAAGAAGGUGCUUCUCAGAACGGUGGAUACGACGACGAUAAUGGAAGCUACAACAAAGUUCUUCACGACCACAUCUCGUACAGGUACGAGAUUCUCGAAGUGAUUGGUAAAGGUAGCUUCGGCCAAGUUAUCAGAGCGCUGGAUCACAAGACGGGACAACAUAUUGCCAUUAAAAUCAUAAGAAACAAAAAGCGGUUCCAUCAUCAGGCGCUGAUAGAAGUGAGGAUCUUGGACCACCUUAGGAAGAAAGACCAAGAGGCUCACACGUCGCACAAUGUCAUUCACAUGUUGGAGUACUUCUACUUCAGGAAUCAUCUUUGCAUAAGUUUCGAGCUCAUGAGUUUGAACCUCUACGAGCUGAUAAAGAAAAACAACUAUCAGGGCUUCAGUCUGAGUCUCAUACGAAGAUUCGCAAACUCGCUUAUACAGUGCCUGAGACUGCUUCACAGGGAAAACAUAAUCCACUGUGAUUUGAAGCCGGAGAACGUGCUUCUCAAACAGCGCGGCAGUAGCUCGAUAAAGGUGAUCGACUUCGGAUCAUCGUGCUACAGCCAUCAGCGGGUAUAUACUUACAUACAAUCGAGGUUCUACCGAAGUCCCGAGGUGAUUCUAGGCCUGCCUUACGGUACUCCGAUCGACAUGUGGAGUCUCGGAUGCAUUCUAGCCGAACUCUACACGGGCUAUCCUCUGUUCCCCGGCGAAAACGAGGUCGAACAACUAGCCUGCGUUAUGGAGGUACUCGAUCUGCCCCCUGAUCAAUUGAUCAGCCACGCUUCUCGAAGAAGACUGUUUUUCGACUCAAAGGGGAGUCCCAGAUGCUUGACGAAUAGUAAAGGAAAAAAGAGAUGGCCGGGGAGUAAGAACGUUGCGGUAGCUCUGCGAUGCAAGGAUAGACUUUUUGUUGACUUUGUCAGUAGGUGCCUAGAAUGGGACGCGAAGAAGCGAAUGACGCCGGAAGAGGCGAUGCGUCACGAGUGGCUGAACAGUUCGUCUUCGUCAUCAUCGUCGUCCAACUUGAGCAACUCGAUGCAAGGGAUGACGGGAUCGUCGGUGGUGAGCUCGGUUGUGAGCACAGUUGUCGAGCCUGCGCAGCCCGCGCAUGCGCAGACGGUAACGGUGGGUGGUGGGGGUCCGCGUCAGCGAGCAACGACGAUGGAGGAUCCCCAGCAGCAAUAUUCGCUGUACAGACUGUAUCGCGGCAAGAAGUGCGUCUCUAAGAUAUCGGCACCCAUAGACGGCAGCGCCGCGGACGGAACAUGCAGCGGUAACUCACUUGGCGUCAACAAGAGCAAGCUAAAUGGAAGUGCGAGCAGCCACGCGUUGGCCAGCGGUGUUCAGGCGCCUGCACCGCGACACGCUUCGACAGGAGAUAUCGUGGCGAGUUUAGAUCCAAAUUUGGACGACUCGGGUACCUUUUUGCCACCGAUAUUGUGAAGCCAGGUAUGCGCUAGCCACUUUUAAUAGGUAUGUAAAAUAUCGAAGCAAAGGAGCUAUAGCGAAAACAAACGCGUGUUACUCUGGAUUUUGGCGGACCUUGUUUCGUUUUUAAUCACCUUCGGACGUUGGAAUUGAAUGUUAUCCAGAAUUUGUUGUACAGCAGGAACUGCACCGAUAAUUGAUGGUUUCUGGAAAUUGAAUUGUAGCCUGAAACCUGGCAACCUGUUUUUCGCGUUUCUACUCCGCUGGCAAAGUGGUGCGGGCGUAGGGCGGGUUGCCUGAAUCAAGGCUGUGGGUUUAGUUUUCUAAGUAUGUAGGCGGUAUGAAAAAUCGCCCGUUGCCGUUUACCUGCUGGUUGCGGAAUCGAAGCGCCAGCAGCUAAAAUUGAUGAAAUCAUUGGCGAGCCCUGAGAGCUAAACGGGCAAAACUUGUGCCGGUCUUGGCUGGUAUGUGAAAAAGAUAAAUAAAUAUAAAUGAAUAAAUAAACUGGCUUAAGUUGGCCUGAUUAGUACUAUUGUGAUAUUACACUACCACUGUCUUACUUAGAUCUCCAAUAUUAAAAAGUAACUGAUACUAAUUAUACGUUAUUAUUAUAAUUAUUAAUAAUAUUAUUAUUAAUCCUAUUAUUAUUAUUAUUAUUAUUAUUGAUAUUGAUAUCAUUAUAAUCAUCGUCAUUAUGAUAAGGUAUAACGAUAUAUUGGAAUUAGAAAACGAAGCAGUAAAUGAGGCAAAGAAAAAAAAAAGUAGAUAGAAAAACAGAAAUAUCUUUACAAACUAUACAUGUAUAUUAUAUAUAUAUGCGUGCAUUCGCAUCCGAAUACUGAAUGUAAUAUGAUCUAUUACGGCAUAUAGGUAUAUAUAUGGUAUACGUAGCACGUGUUUGUAUGCAUACCUACGAUAUGCCUAGAAGGCAUCGCUUAUGUUAUACAUACAUACGGUGAUGUAUGCGAACUUAUUAUUUCAUAUGUAUAUACAUAGUACAUUAUGCAUAUGUCGUAAGAAUUAUGGAAUGUAGUAGUAACGAUUUGUAUCUCUCUUAAAUGAUAAUAUAAUAUAGCUACGUAAUCAUAAUAUUUGUAUUUAGGUAAUUCGCGUUUUAAUGACACAAGCUCAUUCGUGUAUAUCGAUAUAGUAUUUCGCCACUGCCCGAUUUCUUUCGCUGCCGUGUUUUCGUCCUCGUAUUUGUUUUAUUUUUUUAUUUAUUUAUUUUUUUUUUAAAUUGCAAUAUAUAAUAACAACGCUGUAAUCAUUGACGCGCAUUUUUUCUCAUUUCCCAUUAAAACUAUCUAUAUUCUCAUCUUUUUUUUUUUUUUUUAAAUAAUCCUUUCACACAUGCCAAUAUACAUGCGUGAAAUACCAUAAGUGACAUGAUUCGCCAUCGUAUUAUUGAUCAAAUUACAUACGUAUUCAUAUAUAUAUAUAUAUAUAUACACAUACAUAUAUAUAUCAUACACAGAACUUGAGUAAAUUCAUAAAACACGUAGAACUUCGUAGAGUUCGGUGUUACGGGGAUAAUAAUGAUAAUACACAUACGUAUUAUACAUUUAUUAUUACAUAUACAUAUACGUUACGGAUUUACGAUGAAUAGGUAUAUAUACAUAUAUGUAUAUCUAUAAUAGAUGCAGCAACAACAUUGCAAAUGUAUAGUGUGUAUAUAAAUAAAAAUAAUGUGAAGUCUGUUUUACCAGUAUAAAUCGCGAGCUAAAUCAACAGAAAAAUUUAUCAAGUCACGAAGAUGAGCGAAAAGAAAAGAAAAACCUUGGGAAACAAACUGAAUCAUUCGAUUAUUUUCGCUGCUCGAUCGUCGUCUUUUGUAGUCAAAUUAAAUGAUACGUUGAUGUGCAAUUUACUAUCAUACAUAAAAUCAUGCGAGUAUGCGCGAUGCUAUAAUUAUUAUUGUUAUUAUUAUCAUUAUUAUUAAUAAUACUAUUGUUAUUAUUAUUCGCUAAAUUAUAUUCACUAUACAUACGAACACUGUUAAAUAUACAAUAUACAUUACAUCCACGAUUCGUUUUCACUUCUUCAUUUCAUUUUUAUUUAUAGAUAUUAUAUAUAUAUAUAUACCUACAUACGCGGCGAAUGAAGGAAAAAACAAGAAAAUUUAAACAAAAGAAACAGAAAAUAAUAAAUUUGUAACACUAUGAUUUUUUACAUAGACCUGGUGAUAUUGGUAUUAUACUAGUCAUCUUAUGUACGAUACACGUAGCGGUCGGUGAAACGUGAUUAGAAUUUGAAUUUAGUUUCUUUGUUCCUUUCUUUUUUUUUUCUCUUCUGAUCAUUGUGAAUUUCAUACACAACAAUCAGCUUCUCAGCUCUCUAUGGUGUUUUACACCAAUCAUUAAUUAUUAUCGUUGUCAGUUGUCAUCCGUGCAUCGUUACGCCGUUCGACAGUAUCUUCAUUGGAAUAAAAAUCUGCACCUGAGUAAAUAUUAAUAUCAAUAUACGUGUAAUAUGUGAUUUUAGGGAAUAUUACAUGAAUGCGGGUGAUAAAAGAGGAAAAAAAUAAUAAAUCCAAAAUAACGUAACGACCUGUCAAAUCAAAUUCGCGCGACAAGACUGAGAUGAAAAUACAUUAGAAAAAAAUAAAAGAAUAAAAAUAACAAUGAAUUAUAAAACAUAACGAUACGUAGAAUUUCGACGGUACAUACGUGAGUGUAUAUAAUAUAUUAUAUGCCUAAAUAAUAAACGAACGAAUAUCGAACAAUGAAAAGUAAUUGAAAGAUCUCCACUUUCUCUUCAAUUUUUCCCAAUCGAAAUUAUUAUGGCUGAAAAUUACAUAGUCGCGUUUUACUUGAACGUGUAAUAGAGGCAAAAAAAAAAAUAAAAAAUAUACAUAUAUUUCACCUAGAUUGAAUAAAUAUAUUUAUCAUGUAAGUGAAAUUUUAAAUCCCGGUCAUUGCUCCAUUUUUUUUUUUUCUUGACUAAAUAAUAAAUUUCAUGUAGCCUGUAUAAUAUAUUAUACAUCGCGAUUAUAUGUAUAAAGUACAGGUAAUGUGUAGAUUGUUGAAUAUGUGACCAACCAUUGAAAAAAAAAAACCCGUAUAUUACAUAGAAGCGUAGUUAUACUUAUUGUACGUGUAUAUUAUCCACACGAUUGAAUCUUAUUACCGUUGUAAGAAUCCUGUUGAGAUAAAUUUGUAAUUAUACACAGUUUUUCGGAAUCCUGCAUCGCUAUUACCUUUCUAAGCUGAAUAUAAUAAGUGUAUUCUGUAUUGCGUACAUUUGUAUGAAUGUAACUGAACAUAUGAAUGAAAUAUUUAUACGUAAUGAUUAUCCGUAAAAUACAUAUUACACAUAUAUCUAGUAUUAUAUAUAUAAUAAUAAAAAUAACAACAACAACAACAACAAUAAUACCAACAACAGUCGCAGCAUUGAAUCACGUUUUACACACACAGACACACACACGCACACACACACAUAUUAUAAUCAGCUAGUCCGUAUUAUAUUUAGGACUUAAAGAUCCACGUACGUUAUAAGAUAUAACGUUAAAAUAAUAAAGUACGUUUUAUUCAUA